CUGCCCCUUCCAUCUCAGCUCGACAUUGGGACAGUGUAGUGAGCCGACGCGGUGCAGGACCUGGAGCAUCUUUACACACAUACAUUGGCAUCUUUUCCCCCCCUCCAUCUCUUCGGUUGGAGCCUCUUUACCAUGUGAAUGGAUCAGUGAUAUUCCUGGUUCGGACACAUAAGGAUCCAGCAGUACAGUGUGUUUCCUCUUGGAACGUGUUCUUUGGAGCGACGUCCUGACGUGUGGAUACUGCAGCACUCUGCUGUGGAGGCAAACCUGGAUGGCAUGAGGACCCAGAGGAGCUUCAUGCUCUGAGCUUCCCAUCAUCAUUGCUGCUAUUGCUGCUGCUGAUACUGCCAAGGAUGCUCAUGCCUCGUGAGGGCGGGCGGGAUGAGGCUCAGAAGCUGCACAGAAAAUGGAUGAAACACCAGGCCUUCAUGGCUGAACUGGCUCGCAACAAAGAAUGGCUGGCCAAAAUCGAGCAGGAGGGCAAGGAGCUGAUUGAGGAGCAGCCAGAGCUUGGGCCUGUGGUGCAGCAGAAGCUGAAGGAGAUGAGGGAAUGCUGGACACAUCUGGAGAGCACCACCAAGGCCAAAGCUCGCCAGUUGUUUGAGACACAAAACCACCGAACCACAGAUGUUCCAACGCACAGCCUCUCAGAUCUGGACCAGCACCUCAGCCUGCUCCAGGAUGAACCACCACAUUCGUCGCACUCGUCACAACACUCCUCACACUCCUCACACUCCUCGCAAGCAACAUACUCGGCACACACCAGCCCCUCGGCCAGCGCCGCCAUCCUGAGCCCUCGAACCAUGCUCAGCCAGCAGCUGCAAAGGAUACAGUUAAUGGAGGCUCAGAUGCAGCUCUACCCUGGUUUGAUUCAGCCAAAGUCCGACAUUAGCUUACAGAGUGAUGGAGAUGAAACCAAUCUGCUGCAACGUGGGCCAGUGGGUCUUGAGGUCCAGGGCUCAGGGGGUGUGGCUGAGACACGGAUCGUGCGCCUGAUUGAGCCACUGAAAGAAAGGAGGCGGAUUCUUCUGGCCUCCAAAGAAAUGCACCAAGUCACGCAGGACCUAGAAGAUGAGAUUCUGUGGAUUCAAGAGCGUUUACCACUGGCAUCCUCUACGGAAUAUGGCACCAACAUGCAGAGCGUUCAGCAGCUUGUUAAAAACCAUGAGGCUUUGCAGAUGGAGAUGCAGGCCAGAAAGGGGCGCGUCGAAGAGGUGCUGGAGAGAGCCGAGGCAGUCGCCGCCCUUCGCACUCCGGAGGUGGAGAUCGUCCGAGAGGGAGCAAUGCACGUGAGGCAGCUGUGGGAGGUGCUACAGGUGGAGGCGGAGCGCCGUACGGUCAUGCUGGAUGCAGUAAGCCACGCCCAGCAGUACUACACGGAGGCAGCCAAAGCAGAGUCGUGGCUCAGCGGGCAAAAGCUUCAUGUUCUCAAUAAGGAGAACGGCAGUGAUGAAGCCAGCACAUUACGGCUGCUGAAGGAACAGUUGGCUCUAGAGCAGAAGGUGGAGACUUACGCAGAGACUGUGGGAUUCCUGUCUCAGCAGUGCCGGCGCAUGUUGGAGCUGGGACACCCUGACAGUGAGCAGAUCACCAAGCAGCAGGCGCACAUCGAUCGGCUCUACGUCUCCCUAAAGGACCUGGUGGAGCAGAAGAAAACCAAGCUGGAGCAGCAGUACUGGCUCUACCAGCUAAAGAAGGAGGUGGAGGCUCUGGAGAAGUGGAUCUCUGAGAGAGAAGCUGUAGCCAGCUCUACUGAACUCGGCCAGGACCUGGAGCAUGUCACAGUGCUGCAGGAGAAGUUCACAGAGUUCCGGGCUGAAACAAGCGCUGUAGGUCAGAGGCAGAUGGACUCGGUGAACAAGAUGGUGAACGAGAUGAUCGACUGCGGCCACGCCGACGCCGCCACCAUCGCUGAGUGGAAGGACGGCCUGAACGAGUCGUGGGCCGACCUGCAGGAGCUGAUGGAGACCAGAGCACAAAUGCUCGCUGCAUCACAUCAGCUCCACAAGUUCUUCACCAACUGCCAGGAGGUGCUGUUGCAAAUUGAGGGGAAGAUGAGGCAGUUACCAGAGGUGCGUUCGUGUCAGGUGAGCACCGCCAAACCUGGCACCCUACAGAGACUGCUGCACUCCUUUGAACACUCUCUGCAGCUGCUUGUUUCACAGGUGCGGCAGCUGCAAGAGAACGCAUCUCAGCUGCGUGCGAUCUACGCCGGCGAGAAAGCCGACACCAUCUUGGUCCGUGAGCAGGAAGUGAUGCAUGCAUGGAAGGAGCUCCUUCUGGCGUGUGAGGGUAGCCGCGUGCAGGUUACCACGGUGACGGACAAAAUCCAGUUCUUCGCCAUGGUGCGUGAGCUCAGCAUGUGGACUGAUGGCAUCAUUGGACAAAUUGGCCCGGUCGAGGACGCACGGGACGUGUCCUCUCUGGAGUGUAUGAUCUCCCAGCACCAAAGCCUGAAGAGUAAAAUGGAGAGCAAAAGCAAGAGUUUCAUGCACUGUGUGGAGAUGGGCAAGAUGCUUCUCGCGGCACAUAAUCCUGCAGCUGAGGAGGUGAAGGAGAAGUUGGAGUAUGUGAUGGCGAAGCAGAAAGAUCUGAAUGAUAAGUGGGAGCAGCACUGGGAGAAACUCCAGCGCAUGCAGCAGCGGAUACAAUCCGCACAGAAAAGCAAGGCUGAAGGGACGUGGCACGCGACGAAGGAGUCGCUGAGCAGCGGUGGCGAGGCAGAGGGCGGAGCUGACGAGGUGGAGCAGCUCAUUCGCCGACAUGAAGCGUUCCGCAUGGCAGCGUCUUCGUGGAAGGAGCACUUCAGCUCUUUACGACAGGCAGAAAAAUUAAAAGAAGAGCAAAGCAAGCAGUCCACCACAUCAUCUCUUCUCAACAGACAGAUGUUUCCUCUGUCUUGCCUCGUGCCCAGCUCUUCCUCGUCGUCCUCUUCCUCCUCUCUUUUCAGGAGCCCUUUGCAGGACAUGCUCCUUGAGCCCAAAUCUGUUCCAGACCUUACACAUACCCCACACGCUUUUGCCCAGAGGCUCGGAUCUGCGCUAAAUCCUUAUGUUCCCGUCAUGAAUGGCUCUCCCUACCACAGGCUCAGCCAACAAGUCGGGGACCUGGGCACAAACAGCUCCAGUCAAACUGGGUUAAACCAACAAGGUGUUCCGGGGGUGGACAGUUCAAGUUACACUGGCCUAAACCAAGUUGGCAUGUUAGGCUCAGACAGCUCCAGCUACACCGGAUUAAACCAACAGGGUGUCACAGGGGCCAAUGGCCUUAACCCCCUUAGUGGUCUGGGUGUGGCUGAACCCAAAACCACAUAUGCCUGGCAGCAGUUUAAAGCUGACUUGCAGCCCAGGAUCAACCACAUGCACCAGGCUGUAGGUCCUCUGCUGGAAGCCCAUGCUGGGCACCUGGUCCCAGCAGGUGUGCCAAUGGGAACUGAAGCAUCCCUGGAGCUGCUCCAUGGGCGGUUGCAGAGGGACCCCCGCGGAAGCCGCUCAGACCCGCAGAUGGACCACCUGCGCAGGGAGAGGGAGUACCGGCUCGGGCGGCACACCUCAAGUGAGCAGGAGAUUCAGGCGCGCCUCAACGAGCUGCCCAUGAUUGUGCGCCAGGAAAGGCACCAGCGACGCAGACUGGAGCGCCAGUCAUCCAGCGAGCAAGAGGGCAGCAGCAGGCACAGACUUCAGAAACAUGAAUCUAGUGACCAGGAGUCGGGAAAAGAAGGGUCAGACAAGAAGCAGACAGGGGAAAAACGCUCCACCAUGGCUGAGAUUGUUGAACAGGUGCAGGAGAGAGAAGCAUGCCAAGCGAGGGGAGAGGUGUAUCGUCCUAGCAGCAGUCUUUCCGCUCCUGUCUCUCGUCUUGACCGGCCUCGAGCUCGUGACCGACCAAAACCACGUCGACGACCACGUCCUAAAGAACCCGAGGAGACGCGGCGGUCACGGUCAGCCCCGGCUCAGAGUGCGCCGAGCACACCACAGCCACCCACCCAUACCGUACACCAGGAGGGCUUCCUGUACCGCAAACACGAAGAGGAGGGCAAGGAAAAGAGCCCAAAUAGCAAGUCCUGGGUGAACCUGUACUGCGUACUCAACAAAGGUGAGAUCGGCUUCUACAAGGAUGCCAGGAACACGACAACCCCAUACAAUGAUGAGCCUCUCCUCAAUCUAGCCAUCUGUACCUUCGACACCACCAACGGAUACAAAAAGAAGAAGAAUGUCUUCAUUCUGAGGAGUGAAACCGAUGGGGACUAUAUCUUCCUGGCCAAAGACGAGGAGGACCUGAAGCGUUGGGUGAACAGCAUAAAUGCCAGCCUAAAUGAAAUCGAGGAGAUCGCCAAAUGGGAGAAACCCACCACCUCCUCCACCGACCCCGACAAAUCAGAACGCAAGGAGCGCUCCGAGGGGGCGGAGCCGUCAGAGAAGUCAGAACGCUCGGACCGAUCGGACAAGCGAGAAGGGGAGAAAAGCUCAGAAAGCUCCGAAAAGAGGGACACGUUGGAGAGAGUGAGGAUGGAGCGACGAGGGAGGGAGCGAGGAGAGAGGGAGAGAGGAGAGCGAGGAGAAAGAGGAGAGCGAGAAGAAAGAGGAGAGCGAGGAGAAAGAGGAACCAGAGAGAAGGAAAGAGAAAGAGAGAGGGAGAGGGAGAAAGGAGAUCGGAGUUCCAGGGGUUCGAGCACCUCGGGGAAAAGUAAAUGAUGACACUCAGCUCACCAAUCAAUCCAUCCAUCUUUCUACAGAUCCACCGAGAGUGGAGGAGAGAAGAAGAACGAGUGCUUUAACUUCUCUGCCCGUCCUCCCCCCCGAUGACAUGCUGGUGAGGUUUUUCUUGUAAAUCCAGCAUCCAAAGAGACCAUCUGCAAAAAGCGUAGGAAUUUAAUCUCGUCCAAUAAUUAGUAGUAAAGGAAGACAAAAAAAAGUCCCCUAGAUAUCUGACAAACCUUUUUCCUUUACGAAAGCAAUAUGAUGUAUGCAGUAGGUGAUUUAUUAUCUGAUUCAUAUUUACCCCUGUGCGUGUGUGUGUGUGUGUGUGUGUGUGUGUGUGUGUGUGUGUGUGUGUGUGGGUAUAUGCAAGAGGUGGGCGUUAGGAAAAACAGAAGUGUGCAAACGUGAAACGUGAAGGACACUCACGACUGGUAUCGAAAAUCAGCCACAUGCAGACGCACUCACACGUAGAGCCACACACACUUUGUACGUGCCACCGAUUAGGCCGCCAUCGUAACCAUGCGUCAGUAGCUAAUCAUAUUAAACCAGUCAUUCAUCUACAGUAAGAGCUUCUAGAUCUUAAUCCUUGACAUAUACACCUCUGUAUCUCCUGUACACAUUCACUCCGAACCAGGAUAUGUUCAGUGUCUGAAAAUUGUUUGUUCGGGUUUGUACCAGAGUUACGAGGCUAACAAUGUCACCUAAAAUUAGACCCAUUAGUUUUGAGUAAAUCAACAGUGAUUUCAACAAAAAAUUGUUGUUUUCAGAGUUACCAAUUCUCCAAAACAAGUCAGCACAUGAACAAUAUGGACAUUUUUUGAGGAUUCCAAUGAAAAGCUGUGUGGAAAGUUCAGCUAGUUUAAAUACAGUCUCAAUACUGAUGUAAAACAUUUUAGAUUUGUUGUUGGUUAAACGGAACGCAUUCAUAAACUUCAUUCACUUGGAUCAAGUGCUAUUUUAUAAGCUGAGGAAACCCGCUUACCUUUUUCUGUUACGUCGUCUUGUAUCACAAGUACGUGCGCAUAACCUGACUCUGAACACAAGGAACUUUCCCCCCUGUGUGAAUAAGUGAUUUGUUAGCUACAUUAGCCUCGUAAACUUGAGUGCAAUCUAAAGAACCAAACGUCAUACAUUGGGCAGGUCGAAAGGUUAACUUGAAAAAAGAAAAAAGCCUUAAUCCUCACAUGACCUCACUUAACGACAAACAAUUAAACAAGUCUUGUUCGUGAUGAAUUUGGAGACAUUUUUGGCGUAUGUCUGAAAACUUCACACUACAGGGGUACAUAGUGGAGAGCGCCUGAGAAAAAUUUGCCCACCUUCCCUGUACUGCUUAGACGACUGUGUGAAAAUGAAUUGUUAGUAUUUGAAUUAAAGGCAAAGGAACUCGGAGAUUUCGCUCCCGACGUCAUCUCCGGGUCACCUUGGCUGGUUAGUUCCGUUCGUGCUGUUGUGAUGCUGUUACAGACCUUGUAUAUAUCUAUACAUAUCUAUAAAUAUAUUUGUAUAUAUAUGAUAGUCAACAGGAAACUUGUACUACACAAAGCUACACUGAAUUUAUGUCAAACUUUCAUUUACUUUUUAAAAUAAUCAGAAAUAUCAACGAGCUAAUAACAAAAAUACGUAUUACUCGAUUAAAGUGGGUUUUCCGACUUCAUGGCGGAGGGCUAAAUGUGAAAAGUGCAUUCACGUAGGUUUUUUUUAGACACAUGCCCCAUGCGCACACACACACACACACACACACACACAGACACACACACACACAAACACACAGACAAUGCAGCAGGGACACUGUCAGCUCACAGCCAUGUAGUCACUCCAGCUCUUGCAGGUGCUACAGCAUACAGCAUGGAGGACACGGACUCACUCCGUACACACACACACACACACACACACACACAUUUAGGGCAUUUGACAGACUUUCUUAUCCAGAGCGACUUACAGGGAUAAGGGUCUCGCUCAAGCGCCCAGCAGUGGCCAGAUUUUUAACUCACAAACUUCUGAUCAAAAGUCCAACAUAACCACUGAGUUAACAAUCUCCCAAUACACUUUCCCUCUCUCACUCUUCCUAAUUGAGUGAAAAUGUUACCUACUAGCAUAACCUAGCCUACCCAGGAGCCUUAAAGAACAGUAUGGCAUCAGUAUGGGGUAGUACACUAUGGGGUAGUCAAUGUGCAGCUUGUAUAUCAGUACAGAUUUACUGUUCUCUGAAAAAUAACUCAACAUACAAGCAUUAUUAGCAAAAAAAACAGGCAAAAGUCAGUCGAUUAGCGAGGAAUUUUAAAACUCGGGGACGGAAACGUGGUCAGGGGAAUAAAAAGAUCAGAACAGAUCAAAGUCUCAGAAACCAUCAGCUACACAAAAGCGAGCGAGCGAAUGACUUCGUGUUAAUUGUGUGAAUAAGAGUGUCUUAAAUGAUGUGUGUGUGUCUAAUAGGUUAACAUCUGUACCCAAUGACUAUGAGGUAUUGUGAGAGCAGGAAAGAGUGGGUGUGUGUUGGAAGUUGGAGUCUGUGACUUAUUUAUUUGUAUGAUGUAGCGAUUGCAGGGAGGUGAAGUUUCUACCUGGCGGAGAGCUGACAAACCUUUCAGUGCCAGAAUCAGACCGGACAGAAUAUUCCUCCCACCACAGAGUGUGUUUUAUACGCUUGCGUGGUGUUGCAAAGCGUCAAAUCACAGAACGCUUUACUCUUUCUCUUACUUGUUUUGGAGGUCAAGCUCGGCCAUAUUUUUCUAACAUUUCUGUCCAUUCUUUACAACCCCCUUACACACAACCACCACGUCCACCACCACGUCUUCCAGUUUUUCAUUGUGGAAAAGGUUUUUUAUAUUUUUUAAACGUGAGUACAGUAAAGUCCAGAUGCUGAUCACAUCUCCUUUGAUUCCUGAUAGACAUGUUUAUGCACUUUUUUUUUUGCCUCAUAGACUUAUGUGCCAUAAAAGUCAGCGGGUUUAUAUUUAACGCGCCAUGACGUCACCAACAAGUUCAAUGUGUUUGUAUUGCAUCCGCUGGGUUUUUAGUUCUCGACUUGCACAAAGACUCCAAAAGUACUCGUAGCUGUUUUUUUCAUCGUCUUGGGUGUUAAAUCGAUCGUUGGAACUCGUCACAUUAUUGUUAAUGUCAAAAUUCCUGGUCCCUAUAUUCAUGCUAAUGGGUUAAUCAAGGGUUUUCUCAAUCUCUAUGCAAAUUCGAAAAAAUGCUGUAAAGGCACCAAAUUCAAUUGAUCUGUUCUGGAUAAUUCUGAAUGAGCGUGUGGUCCGACGUUUUUUUAGUUCCCCGCUCACUUACUCGUUAACGCCAUUUAUUCUGUUUGAUUACCAUAAAAAAAAUGGGUGAAAUGACUAUAACCUUGCGUUUUAUCUUCUUCUUUCACGUCACCUCAUUAAAUGUUAAUAGAGAGAUUUUGGGGUCAAGUUACAGCUUGGAAGGAAGUAACAAAUGUCACUGGUGUCCCUAGUGAACGUACCAAGCAAGUAAAAUUAGCUUUCUUCGCUAAUCCGAUUUAAGAUUGAAGCCAGUAGAGAAGAUGUAACGUGUAAACCGAAUAUCUUUUGCCACUUACCAUUUUUCAAGUUGGAAUUUUCAAGACAUCGCUUGAGAGUGAAAACAGUAAGCAUUGAGCAUUGAGAUUAGCAUACUGUUUCUCAUACAGAGCUAAUCAGAUCUGAUUCCUUCAUCACUUUGAGCUAGCUCUGAGAUGAGCUCUGUCAUGUGUGUGUGUGUGUGUGUGUGUGUGUGUGUGUGUGUGUGUGUGAGUGUAUGUAGCAAAUGUACAUGAACCUCAAGCAAAAUGAAUAUGUCACUGAUCUAGACUCUGGAGAACGCCCUCGUUUCUCCAGCAGAGAGUUUGAAUAUGUGAGAAAUGGAGAGAGAGAAAGAGAGAGAGAGAGAGAGAGAGAGAGAGAGAGAGAGAGAGAGAGAGUGGUAAAAGACAGAACAAGAACUCAAGUCUUGGCAAAGAGACCUAUGUGAAAUGUAGGCCACCUGCUUUUUCCAUCACAGCACAUUCACAAGGUUCCCCAUGUAGUGCCCUUGAUUUGAUUGAGGCUUUACCUAUUAAGUCUAUUCUGAGUGCAAAUCUAACGAAUGUGUCACUUCUUACCACAUGAAUUCCGAUGUUUGUGGAGAGAUACAAGUUACCCAGAAUCUUUCUCUCAGAUAAUUCACCAUGUCGUUUUACAUCACAAGAGUUCCUACAGAAUCCAGACUGCACCCUUCUUGCCUGAUAUUGGGGUCAUCAUUAAAAAAGCACAAUAUUACAUCAUCUAGAUGAUUUGGAGGUGAUUUCAGUGGCUGCAGCAUCUCUGACCUGCACCCCCACCUUCUCCCCCAACACCACCUACGGAGCAGCUCUUCACGAGUAAACCCAGAGAUUUGUAGUUCCACCACGCGAGGGCAGCAAUGCUCACUAUUUCAAAACUCCAGAACAUUCUACAGGAACUUCUCUCUGACACAUGGACAAUAGACAGGUCUUGGUUCAACAAUUUUUUCUCGGCCCCUUGUAUCAUCGCUGGGCUUGACCUUGUCCUUGCACUCACAAGUUUGUAUUUUUCAUUUGCUGCUGUACAAAUGAGACAUGGCCACCAAGGGUUUUGUUUUUACGUGGCCCGAGAUAUUUGCUCGUGCCCCCGGACAUCAUGGACGUUAUGCGGAGAUUGCGGGUGUGUGCACCUUUGUUUUCAGAUCGAAAUAAUAACAAUUUCUCACAAGGAACGUAGAAGAAAAACCACUAAUACGUUGCAUGAAUGAGAACAUAGUGGAGAUUCCUAUGCAACAGCUGUGCAUGUUUAUCCAAUGGGGUUCGAACCCCCCAGCAAAAAGGACUGAUGUUGAUUAUGAUAAUGUUGAUGAUGAUGAUGACGAUGAUAAUGAUGAGGAAGGGUAAUGCAGAUAAUGUGUAUUAACUGAGAUGUGUCAUUAAAACAUUAUGUACUGGUAGUCUGCUGGACUCAUUACAGAGUUGUAUAUAUGA